UUGUUUUCUUUUGAGAACUAGUUUUCCAUUCUGUUGUUAGUUCGUGCUAGUCCAGAAAAUCUGUAAAAUCUUUCUAAAAGCAUUUACUAAGUGAAUUUCUUGUUCAACAAAAUGGGAAAAAUGAAGAAUCAACCUAAAAUGACAUCUUCUUAUCCGUUCCCAACUCAUCAUGUACAACCGGAAGUGAUCUCCCAGCCGGAAGUGAAACCAAAGCCAGGCAUGGGUGGCAUAUACACCAACCAGAUGCACUACUUCAAAAAGUAUCUGCUGGAUGAGCUGCCCAAGAAGCAGUUCGCCACACAUUUCAUGAAGCCAGUGGACAUCGAUGAGUUGCAGGUCCCCAAUUAUUACAGCAUCAUCCAUCGUCCCAUGGACGUGGGCACCAUCACCAGGCGCAUAGAGAAUAGAUAUUAUCGCGACGUGGAGGAGGCCAUCAAUGAUUUUCGUUUGCUGAUCAGUAACUGCUAUCAGUACAAUGGACCUGACAGUCUGGUCUAUCGCAAGGGUAUCCAGCUGGAGAGGUUUUUUAUACGAACUUGCGAGAAGAUACCCAAGGGGCCGCCAGUGCCGUGCAACAAGGAUCCCAGGUUCACCAGCAGGGUGAGGACCAAUACCAUGACCGAGCCCAUGGAGAAAGAGUGUCGCGAUCUAAUCCAGAGGCUGGAGACCUUCACCAACCAGGCGGAUACCAUCGCCCGCAACUACUUUGCCCCCAAGUGGGUAUCGCUCUCCAAGAAGCUGGAUAAGAAGUAUUUCAAGACAGACGCGGAUUUUCGCUCCCAUGUGAAUGACUUCUUCAAGAAGUACCUCGAACCGGCCAAGAUGAUCUAUCAGAAGGUCUACAAUCAGCUGGAAGGCAAGCAAAAUGAUAAUGGCUCUUCCACCUCUGCCACCGCCUUCCUGGAGGCCAUCAAAAUGGAGCCUAUCCAGACACAAGCUAAUGCCGAAAACUCGGAAAAUGACGGAGAAAAUCCCACCGACAUUAAGGAAGAGAUUUCUGAUAAUCCCCUUCCUUUCCAUUAAUAAUUUUAACUUAAGAUUGAUGCGGGCUAGUGGGAGGAGAUGAGGAGAGGCAACGCAGUGUACCAGAACAUCAUUAAGCAGCCGUUUCAUCUAUGAGCACUUUUUGUAUAAUUGCCCUCGG